UCGUCCGUAGUGUCACCCUCACCCCCCAUCUACUUCUCCAUUUCUCCUUCAGAACUUCACAAUGGUCACUCCGUACAUCUAAAUUCCUUUUACUUCUCGUCUCGUCCUCGUCUUCUUAAUUUCAAGCUGAAAAUAUGGAGGAAGAUAUGAUUAUUUCUGCCCAUAUCAACAGUGUUGAUAUGAACAAGGUACUGCCUACUAGCCUUGCUUACUUCAACAAGAAAAGAAAGUUUCAAGCUGAGCAACUGGGAAUACCUCUACCCAAACAUCUGUGCUCAUAUCAGAGCUAUGCUGGAUGUAGUUCUUCACCUACUGGUACAGAGGCUAAAGAGGCAUUCAUGAUUAAGGCAGAAAACAAUAGAAGGGGCCAAGAUGAUGACUCAGAACCGGAAUCUGACAAAGACAGCAAUAGCUUUAUUGGAGAUGCUGACUCUGUCACGUCUGGUGAGGCUAAAAUUAAUCCUGGAUGUCUGAAAUCGUGUUCGUCCGAUCAGGCUUCAACUUCAUCUUUUAAUUGGGGCGGCAACUGGCCCAAGAAUGCUCUUUAUUCUUUGGAGAGCAGAUCAGUAACAAAAUUAACACCUGAUAGGCCGGAGCAACCACCUACUGGCGGAGAAUGGGAUACUCUACAUCGUGGUUCUGGGUGCCACCCGUCACUAGAUUAUGAAGAGAACUUGUUGGAAUUUGGAAGUCGUGGGGAUUGCACUUGUGCAGAAUGCAGGACUGAGGGCAUUGAGAUGUCAACAGAAAAGGAACUUGAAGAUUUGCAAAACUCAAAUGGGGUGAAUCCAAAUAAUUAUGUUCUUUCAUCUGGAAGAUGGCCUGUUAACCAAGAUCCAGAGCCAGGUCCCAAGAAACUAACCAUUGAUAAAGAGUUUGAGCAGUACUUUUCCAUGCUUAUGCUGUAAAAGAAACCAUUCAGUUUGACAGCUGGUUUUAGUGAUUAAUAAUUGGUUUCAUUGGCUGGUUUAUAUGGUUAAUAUUGCUAUGUUGUAUGUAGCCCUUGUAGCAACAGAAACAAAUAUGAGAAUUUUGUAUUCAACUACCUUGAACAAUUAUUGUACAUAUGUUUUUGCUUGCAUAAUUUAUCAGUUGCAGAAUAGUGCUUUCUCA